AUGGACAACUGGACAGUUGAUAUGGAUCAAAUAGCCGAUAUUAAUGUAAGUCGAGUGCCUUGCUUUAGUUUGUAUACAUACACUUGGUGACAUAGGUUUCUUUCGGGGUUAUUAAUGUAUUCAAGUGCAAAUAUCAGUGUCUCGUGAUAUAAAUUGCGUAAGUUAUUGUUUUAUUGACCAGUAUUAUGCGUUUAGGUUUAUGACGAAGGUAUAUCACAGUAUAAGUUAAUGGACGAAGCCUCUCAACUAAAGUUUCUGGCCGCGUUGGGGCUAGGAAAGGCCAUGGUAAGAUGCCGUGUGUAUAAGGACGAUGAGGACGAGCCGAAGAACUAUUUAGAAGACAAUAAUUAUACGUUCAAUGUGAGUGACAAAGAGAUGGAUUCGAGGCCGGAAUUGGCGAACGUUGUGGAUUGGCUUAAGGAUCGAGGGUAUCGAUUUAGCUCAAGUAUCUGA